UUUUCCUAUAUCCUCAAGAGCAGAACAUACUCUUCCACUCCGAUUUUAGGAAAGCAUAAUUGGAAUAUAACUCUCAGCAGACAGAGGGGCCCAAGGGUUUUGAGGAAAGAGUGAAAUAACAGUGCCUUGUCUGCUCAGCACUUUGCCUAGAUGAAGCUUUAAUGAAGGGCGUAAUACAAUUUCAGUUUUUGCUAAGACAGUGUAGUCCAGUAUAGUCAAUUAAUUAAAAAUUACAGUCAGAAAGCCAGGCAGAGGAAUGAAAGAAGUAGUGUGUACUGAGAUAGAGAACUGCUGUAGAAAUGGAUUGAUUCUGUGGGAAAUUUAGCAGUCAUGGAAAUCACCAUGUUUCUUUGGCAAAGCUUUAACAACUUGCAUUGAAAAGUGCAUCACUAUGAUGAGAUUCCCCUCAGAGGUCAGGAAGGAUUAGAUGGAUUCAUUUUCUUCUCAGACGGAAAGAGAUACUUUGAUUUUUCAAAAAAAAAAAAAAAAAAAAAAAAAGUGUACUAAUGUUUACUAGUGUUUCUUAUUGUUUUUCUUGCUGUCUUCUUGGAGUUUAUCUUCAUGAUCUUAAAUGAAAUCAAUUUUGAAAGUGAAAGCUUUAUGCACAAUAAUUGUUUAAAAAUACACAUUUGUUCAUCUGUUCAUUUCUGCACCCUGUUCUGCUGUUCUGUUAGAGAGCAGAUCUUGAAUUUGCUCAGAUUCUGUCUGGCUGUUACAGGCACCAGGAGCUGACCUAAUCUACAUUUCAACUACCUCCUCUGGAAACAGCUGCUAGUGUUUCCUCAUUGUCAGUGGGAAGAUAUACAGAUUAGGAUGUGAUUUAUUAAAAUAGCAUAAAAACAUUUUGCUUUGAUAUAAACUGCACCUUUAAGUGCCCGUCUGUCUCCUUUGGCUAUAACUAGUUCAGAUGAAGAUGACUCCAUUCUCUCAAAUCAUAUCAAAAUGCUGAGAAAAAGAUAGGAUAUACUGCAACCUUUGUGGUCCAGGUUUAAGCUAAUUCUCUCAGUUCCCCCUUAUGGCCAAAGAAGAGAAAUACUGUCUUCUCCACAAGGCUCUUCAUCCCAUCCCGAUUACCCUACUGAGAAGAGGUAAGUUGAAUUACACUUCAGAGAGGCUAACUGCCUGGCAAGUGCACAGAAUUGUCCCUGUUCCUAGGUCUGCCUCUAGCAACAUGGCUAAGGUUUAGUAGAAUGAAUCCAGAUUCAAGUGACUGAUUUCUCACUGCACUCAAAUCCAUGGUGAAGUUGGGUAUAACAUUUCUCUGGCGGUUUGGAAGGGGUGCACCGGUGCAUCCAUCUUCAGUGAGUCCGUUAUUUGCUUGUUAGGACUGGAUGUGGAACAGAAGUUGCACCCAUGUGAAGGAGUUCAUCCUGGUUGGAUUUCCUGGCUCUCCAUAUUUGCAGCUAACGAUGUUUCUCUUCCUCCUCUUUGCAUAUGUCCUGACAGUAAUGAGCAACAUCUCCAUUAUCAUUCUGGUGACGACACACCGUCAUCUCCACAGCCCUAUGUAUUAUUUUCUUUGUAAUUUUGCCUUCCUGGAGAUUUGCUUCACCACUGCCUGUGUCCCAAAGACAUUGGUUAAUUUGGGGUCACAGAGUCAAUCCAUUUCCUUCACAGGUUGCCUCCUUCAGAUGUACUUCGUCUUUUCUUUCGGUUGCACAGAAUAUUUCCUCCUCACUGUCAUGGCAUACGACCGCUACUUGGCCAUAUGCCACCCCCUAAGCUACACCACCAUCAUGAACAGCACUCUGUCCACAUGGCUGGCAGCAGUUUCUUGGAUAGGUGGUUUCCUGACCAUUUCAGUGCCCACAUUUUUGAUUUCCAGGUUGUCUUUCUGUGGCUCUAAUGUCAUCAACCACUUUUUCUGUGACAUCUCUCCCUGGAUUAUCCUUUCCUGUACAGAUACCUCCCUUGUGGAGAUGGUGUGCUUCAUCAUGUUUGCCAUUGUCAUCCUUGGCUCCUGUGUCAUUACCUUGGUCUCAUAUACUUAUAUCAUAUAUACUGUACUGAAGAUCCCAUCUGCACAAGGCCGCAGAAGAGCGUUCUCCACUUGUUCUUCCCACCUCAUGGUGAUAACUGUUUGGUAUGGAUCCACUAUCUUUCUCCACGUCAAGCCUUCCAUCAAAGCUUCCUUGGAACUGACCAAAAUAAUCACCAUUUUAAACACUGUUAUAACUCCUCUGCUAAAUCCCUUCAUCUACACGUUCAGAAACAAGGAGGUGAAAGAAAUUUUGAAAAAGACUUUCAGUUGGAAAACAGAAAGCCAUGCAUAAAGAUUUUGUCCUGGACUGUUUUUUGAAGCAUAGCAGAAAAGAGCAGCAGCUUCAGGGAUGUUUCAAGUUUCAAGAAAAGAUUUCUUCUAGAAUGUUCUCAGUCCUCUGCUAAGUUAUACAUCUGUAUUCAUGACAUGACCUUCUUAAACUUUCAGAACAGAAAAAAGGUUUGCCAACAACACAGAUUUAAUAUAUCUUUGGAAGAAAAUCAAGAUGUCUUUUCAGUAACCGUGCUGUCAGACUGGAAAUGAGCCACCAUCGGAGGUACAAAUAGUGACAGAGGACUGUUUCUCCUUUUCCAAGUGGGUCAGCACUUCUGUUCCCUUUGCUUCCAUCUCAGGUUUGCAAAUUCAAGUGUCUUUUUAGACUGCAACUUAGUCUUGCCUG